AUAAAAAAAAAAAUAAAAAAAAAAAAAAAAGAAUUAGAAAACUGAAAGAAAUUGAGAGUAAAAUACAAAUACGUUAGCCGUUAUAUUUAUAUAACUAUCGGAUAUUACGACAAGUAGUAGAAAUACUCUUUUAGAUCAAUAAUAGAAGAAGGAACCGCCCCCGCCGUAUAUUUGUAUAAUGUCGUUAGAACAAAACUUGGCUGAGUUAUCUUUGACUCCACUCCCAACCAAGACCUUGGUGUUCAAGCCAAAGACCGCUAAAACUGCCACUCCAGUUCCAAUUGUUGUAUUUGCCUUACAAAGCACCCAAACCCCAUCUCCACUCAUUGCCCAAGCUGCCGGUGCUAAGGAACCAAGAUUGGCCAAGGAUGACCUUGUUCAAGAAUUCUUCAACGUUGCCGCUAAGGAAGUUUCCAUCUACAAUUUGAACAAAGAUUUAGAUGGUAAGAUCAAAUUUUUGGUUGAUCAAAACAUUUUCAAUGAUGAAAAGGCUACUCUUGAAAUCAACGUGGGUUCUGAAAAGAAGACUGCCACUGUUGCUGAAAUCAAGACUUUCUUGGAAUCCACUUCUAUUGAAAUCAUUUCAGUUGAUUUCAGUGUUGCCCCAGCUCCAGCUGCUGCUCCAGAUGCUGCUACCGUUGCCGCAAAGAAGGCUGCCGCCAAGAAGGAAAAGGAAGCUACCAAAAUUGAAGAUGCUAAGCUUAUUGGUAUCACUGUAGACAAGACUAAGGAUUUCUCCACUUGGUACUCUCAAGUUGUCACCAAGGGUGAAAUGUUGGACUACUAUGAUGUUUCCGGUUGUUACAUUCUUAGACCAAACUCUUACCAUGUUUGGGAACAAAUUCAAGAUUGGUUUAACCUUCGUAUCAAGAGAUUAGGUGUCAAGAACUCCUACUUCCCAAUGUUUGUUUCCGCCAAGGUCUUGGAAAAGGAAAAGGAUCAUAUUGAAGGUUUCGCUCCAGAAGUUGCCUGGGUUACCCGUGCUGGUAGUUCUGAAUUAGAAGAACAUAUUGCCAUUAGACCAACCUCUGAAACUGUCAUGUACCCAUACUAUGCUAAGUGGAUUAGAUCUCACAGAGACUUGCCAUUGAGACUUAACCAAUGGAACUCUGUUGUUAGAUGGGAAUUUAAACACCCUCAACCAUUCUUGAGAACUCGUGAAUUCUUGUGGCAAGAAGGUCACACUGCUCACUUGACUAGAGAAGGUGCUACUGAAGAAGUUGACCAAAUCUUGGACUUGUAUGCUGGUAUCUACGAAGAAUUACUUGCUGUUCCAGUUGUCAAGGGUACAAAGACUGAAAACGAAAAGUUUGCCGGUGGUGAUUACACCACCACUUGUGAAGGUUUCAUUGCCGCCACCGGUAGAGGUAUCCAAGGUGCUACUUCUCACCACUUGGGUACUAACUUCUCUAAGAUGUUCAACAUUUCCGUUGAAAACCCAGAAGGUGCCGAUAAGGAUCCAAUUUUUGCAUACCAAAACUCUUGGGGUUUGUCCACCCGUGUCAUUGGUGUUAUGGUCAUGACCCACUCAGACAACAAGGGUUUGGUCUUGCCACCUAGAGUUGCUCAAUACCAAGUUGCUGUCAUGCCAGUUGGUUUGAACAGUAAGACCUCUGAUGAACAAAAGAAGGCUAUUAACGAAGGUGCCGAAAAGAUCGAAAAGAGAUUACUCGCUGUCGAUGUUAGAGCCACCGGUGACUACAGAGAUAACAUUACUUCUGGUUGGAAGUUUGCUGAUUGGGAAUUGAAGGGUUUGCCUGUUCGUUUAGAAUUUGGUCCAAAGGAUUUGGAAAAGGAACAAGUCACUGCUGUUAGACGUGAUGACGGUUCCAAGUACGUUGUCAAGUUGGCCGACUUAGAAACCCGUAUUCCUCAAAUUUUGGAACAAAUGCAAACGGAAUUGUUGGAAAGAGCCCGUAAGGAUUUCGAUGCUCAUCGUGUUGUUGUUGAAGAAUGGAAGGAUUUCGUUCCAACCUUGAAUGCCAAGAAUGUCAUUCUUUCCCCAUGGUGUGGUGUCGCUGAGUGUGAAGAUGACAUCAAGGAUUCUUCCGCCAAGAAGGAUAACGGUGAAGAAGAAGAAGUUGACGAAAAGGCUCCAUCUAUGGGUGCCAAGUCCUUGUGUAUUCCAAAGCUUCAACCACCAUUCAAGCCAAACCAAAAGUGUGUCAAGUGUGACUUAAAGGCUAAGUACUGGUGUAUGUUUGGUAGAUCUUAUUAGGUUCAUAGUGAAUGCGAUUAAUUUAAUGUAAAUAAAUACUUACUAUAUU